AUGAAUGAAAAGAUAUAUGAAAAAGUAACUGAAGAGAUGAACAAAAAGGUAACCGAAGAGAUGAACGAAAAGAUAACCGAGGAGAUGAAUGAAAGGGUAACCGAAGAGAUAAACGAAAGGGUAACCGGAGAGAUAAACGAAAGG